GCGUCCGCGUUCUCUCUAUUUAAGGAUUAUUUCGACAAGAAGUUGGGCGCCUUGAAGCGCGAUAUUCAAGACGAGUCGUGCAGUAAUACCGAUUCUGUGGCCAAAAAGCUUAAAGAAGAAUGAAAGAUCACGUUUAGAUUCGAAGGUAAUAAGAAACAGUUUCAAUUCGACUCCGACCUUGCAGAGAAGGUGAAGUCGGCGUCAGUUGCUCUCGGGAAGAGAAAAUUAAACCUUGUUAAAACUCACCUGGAAGUACUAGACUCUGACAUCAAGAAGCGCAACAGACUGAUCAGACUGGCAGACAAGUCCGCCGCCGGUUGGGAUUUGGUGAACGAGUAUUUAUCAGACGAGCUGGCUAGCGGGUCAGAGGACGAAAAGCGUAUCCGCCGUGCCGAGCAGAGGGCCCUUCGUAAACGCAACCAACGCCAACAGAAAGCGAAGCCAUCCAAGCAAGGUUAUUCACAACUCCAAUCAUCUACCGCAACCACCGCGUUUGCUGGCCAACAUUCAUCAUCCUCCAGACCUAUUUCUCGUACUUUUGGCGCUUUCAGCAAACCAAGACCAAGUGAUAUUUGUUUCGCCUGCGGCCAGCAAGGUCAUUGGAGAUCUCAGUGUCAAGUUAAUUCUCAAGCCAGAUCUUUAAGCUCGGGGCCGUCCUUUCCUAGUUCUUCUGGUCUUUCGGGCAUUGGAGGUAAAUAGGACCACAGAAUUAAAAACUUGUUCUCCAAGGUUAGAUAUUAGCUUUACUCAAUUUAUUAGACAUGUAUCCUUCUUAUUUGGAGUAUUUCAGGGAAAGGGACUCUAGUUCAUUAGUCGAUUUCGAUUAUGAUCGCAAUCUAUUUGAAUUUGAACAGAAUUCCGCAUUGCCAGUACUUAAGGGUAGACUUAGGUCCUGUUUAAGUUAUUGGCACACUAUUGGUGCCAAUAGUUUUGUUAUCGAUACUAUUAAAUUCGGUUAUCGGAUCCCAUUCAUUAGCACACCUUGUCAGGCGCGUUUUUCUAACAAUCAGUCAGCUCUUAAUAAUGCGUCUUUCGUGGAGUCGGCUAUCGCUGAAUUAGUCCACACUCACGCCGUCGUUGAGGUGCCCUUUAUUCCACAUGUCGUUAAUCCGCUCUCUGUCUCGAUGCAGUCUUCAGGCAAGAAGAGGCUUAUUCAGGACUUACGUCAUGUCAAUCAUUUCGUUUGGAAACAGAAGUUUAGGUGUGAAGAUUGGAGAGUUUUAUUAUCAUAUGUUAAUAACGGCGAUUACCUUUUCAGUUUCGAUCUCAAGUCUGGAUAUCACCAUAUCGAUAUUUUUCCGGAUCACCAAACUUUUCUGGGUUUCUCCUGGGUUUUUUCUGGUACCGUUCGGUAUUUUUGUUUUGCAUCACUUCCGUUCGGUCUAAGCUCAGCCCCAUACGUCUUUACCGAGUGUCUCAGACCACUCGUUAAGUUUUGGAGGUCUAACGGGAUUAAAAUUGUUGUGUUCCUCGACGAUGGGUGCCGAAAAGGGGAUUCACUGCCUAUGGCCAAGGAAAAUUCAUUGUUUGUGCAAUCAUCCUUAAGCAGUGCGGGGUUUGUUGCCAACUCCGCCAAAUCGCUAUGGAACCCCACUCAGGUGCUUCUUUGGUUGGGUUUAAACUGGGACUUAGUUAUCGGUACCAUUUCUAUUACCGAUAGACGUAUUUGCAAAUUUAUCGCUCUGAUUGACAAAUUUCUUUUAUCCGCACUUUAUGUUACGGCUCGGGAUUGUGCCGUUAUCGCAGGUCAUGUUAUGUCCAUGUCGCCAGUUUUGGGUAACCUGACUCGUCUCAAAACCCGUUUCCUUUAGAAGGUCAUAGAAUCCCGCCGUAGUUGGGAUUCCCGUUUUAAUAUCGGGCUUCAUAAUGAUUGCCUCUCUGAAACAUUUUUCUGGAAAAACAAUAUCGUUAGUCUUAAUACGAGACCUAUUUUGCCUUAUAAUACUCCCCUUUUGUUUAGCUAUUCGGACGCUAGCAACGUCGCCUGCGAGGCUUUUGUUGUGGGCACUAAUGAGGUGUCCCAUCGUAUGUGGACUGCUUGAAGCAGCUAAGAGCUCUACCUGGAGAGAACUUAAGGCUAUACAAUUUGCCUUAAGUGCGUUCAAAGCCUCGGUUCGGGGUAAGUGUGUAAAGUGGUAUUCUGACAGCCAAGGGGCCGUUCGUGUUGUGGAGAUAGGGAGUCCUAGUGCAGAAUUGCAUUCUAUUGCGCUUGAUAUUUUCUAUUUUUGUCGAACUUACAAUAUUACACUUAUUCCCCAGUGGGUUCCCAGGGAACUUAAUGCUUGUGCUGAUGCGAUUAGCCACAUUGUAGACUUCGAUGACUGGUAUACAACCCCCGAGUUCUUCGCACACUUGGACCGCCGAAUGCUGCCAACGCCCAUCUUCCCAGAUUCAAUUCUAGGUUUCGCGUACCCGGCACUGAAGCUGUUGACGCU